CCAUUGAUUGACACGGAUACAGUCACAACAAAUACAAAUAUGACAGAUAUAGGGUGGGGCAACUUAGCCCAGUAUGAACAUUACGGAAGAGUAGGUGAUAUAGAAGAGGAUUUUGAUAUAAUUUCUUAUGAAGAUUCAAAAGGAGAACUCUAUUCAUCAUUCAAACAUGCCUCUCAUGCCAUGCUAUUUGCUAGGAAUGAUACUGUAUUGUGGGAUUUAUAUAAAUCAAGAGCAGCUAUAAUGAUGCAGAUGAGAUUUGAUGGUUUACUUGGGUUUCCUGGUGGAUUAGUAGAUCCAGGUGAAAAUCCAUUGGAUGGAGUAAACAGGGAACUAGAGGAAGAAAUUGGCCUUGACCUUUGUAAACACAAACUCCAAGAUAGUGAUCAGGUUGUGUCAUUUGUGAACAAAAGGAAAAACUUAGUUUUGCAUUUUUAUGGAAAAGAAGUAACUGCAAAUAACUUUAGUGAGAUUGAAAUGAAAACUUUAUCUGCACCUGAUUAUGGGAAUGAGACCUUAGGAAUGAUUCGUCCUCCCCUAUAUACAAUGGGAGAUGGGUACAGAGGACUUCCAGCAUUCCUGUCCAAUAGCUAUGCAGGAAAUUCAAGACAAGAGCUUCUGAUUGGAUUACAACAUUUUAAAAUUUUAGAACAAGACGAGAUUGAAAAGGCAGUAGAUGCUUGGAAGACAUUUAUGAAAACAAACAGACAAACAUGUGGACUUACUAAUACUGAUAGUUGAUGUUGUUAGUACUUUAGAGAAUUAUAACUUUUUAUUGGGUUUUAAAAACUAAUUUUGGACCAAUGACCGUGCAAUUUUUUAAUCAAAUUUGUGGGAUGCUUUUUCUCGAUAUCUCUUUGUCAAGUAACCAUUGCAAUUAAAGGCAAUGUAAAAUGACUAUUUUAUAUUUUUUUGUGAGUUUUAAUAAUUAAUUGUUAUUUACUGUAUGAUUAUUAGAACCAAAGAGAGACAAUUGGAGAGAAAUUUCAAAUUGUCUCCCUUUAAUGAUAUAUUUGGGUAUAUAGUAUUGACUGUAGAAUUGUUAUACUUAUUUAAUAUGAUGGAUAUAUUGAUGGGUUAUGUAAUUAAGGUGGUACCCAACACUUUCACUAAAAUUAAUUUGGCUCGUUUAAUUUUCAUAAAAUUUUGACAGUAUUUACAUUGACCCUUUAACAAAAAUAUAAAAAUUUCAAAAAUUUUGAACCAACCAUUUUAUCAUGUUUAUCAGAAACAAUACACUGGUUAUAUAGCAGUUUGACAAACACCAAUUUUGAUCACUGAGAAGCUUAAUAUUCCCUGUACAACACAGCUUAGUUAAAACGUUUAGCUGACUUUACAGAGUUAUCUGCCUGUAGUGUUAGAUACUACCUUCAUGCCUUAAUAUGGAGGAAAAUAUCUCCCAAUAGUACUUUUGGAAGAGUUUUAUUAUGAUAAAUUCUUUAUUAUUUAUUCUUGUGGGUAUAUGUGAUAGAAACCAACUAUCAGAUGGUACCGUAAUUAAAAUAAGGGUGGGAUGUCUGUUUACAAUGUUAGUGUCACAGUUGUAGUUAAA